GCAGCACGGCUCACAGCGGAUAGGGAGGGGGAAAAGUCACUUUUGGCCUGGUUUUAAAAACUAUUUCUUCUUUUUGGAGAACCACUGGAAACAACUCUGGUUUCAUCUUUCGAAGGGGGAGCCGUCGACGGGACUGGACCGAGGCGCACACAGGACGUGUUCAACCAAGUCAUCAUCAUCAGACUGGACUAGAGGGCUGUCCCUAAAUACUCGUCUACAUCAGGUGUGAGUGGGGUGAAGGUGCAGAGCAGCAAUCAUGGUUGCCCUGUCAUUAAAGAUCGACGUGGGGAAUGUGGUGAAAACCAUGCAGUUUGAGCCCUCCACAAUGGUCUAUGACGCCUGCCGCAUCAUCAGGGAAAGAGUUCCUGAGGCACCGCUUGGCCAGCCCAACGACUACGGGCUGUUUCUGUCAGAUGAAGACCCAAAGAAAGGCAUCUGGCUGGAUGCUGGAAAGGCGCUGGACUACUAUAUGUUAAGGAAUGGGGACACUUUGGAAUACAAGAAAAAGCAAAGGCCUCUGAAGAUCCGCAUGUUGGACGCGACGGUGAAAACUGUCAUGGUGGACGACUCCAAGAUUGUCAGCGACAUGCUGAUGACUAUCUGUGCUAGAAUAGGUAUAACGAACUACGAUGAGUACUCACUCGUACGAGACAUUGGCGAGGAGAAGAAGGAAGAAACCACAGGAACACUGAAAAGAGACAAGACUCUUCUAAGAGAUGACAAGAAGAUGGAGAAGCUGAAGCAGAAGCUCCACACAGACGAUGAGUUGAACUGGUUGGACCAUGGCAGGACGUUGAGGGAGCAGGGUGUGGAGGAGACAGAGAUGCUGCUGUUGAGGAGGAAGUUCUUCUACUCGGACCAGAAUGUGGACUCCAGAGACCCCGUUCAGCUCAACCUGCUUUAUGUUCAGGCUCGUGAUGACAUCCUGAACGGAUCCCAUCCCGUCUCCUUUGACAAGGCGUGUGAGUUCGCCGGUUAUCAGUGCCAGAUUCAGUUUGGGGAUCACAACGAGUCCAAACACAAGCCCGGAUUCCUAGAUUUAAAAGAGUUCCUGCCUAAAGAAUACAUCAAGAACAAAGGAGAGAAAAAGAUUUUCCAGGCACAUAAAAACUAUCAGAACAUGACGGAGAUCGAGGCUAAAGUGAGCUACGUGAAGCUGGCCAGGUCCCUGAAAACCUACGGUGUGUCCUUCUUCCUGGUGAAGGAGAAAAUGAAAGGAAAGAACAAACUGGUGCCUCGUCUGCUGGGCAUCACCAAGGAGUGUGUGAUGAGAGUGGACGAAAAGACCAAGGAGGUGAUCCAGGAGUGGAACCUGACCAACAUCAAACGCUGGGCUGCGUCACCCAAGAGCUUCACCCUGGACUUUGGAGACUACCAGGACGGUUACUACUCUGUGCAGACCACCGAGGGGGAGCAGAUAGCUCAGCUUAUUGCUGGAUACAUCGACAUCAUCCUUAAGAAGAAAAAGAGCAAAGAUCACUUCGGCUUGGAAGGAGAUGAAGAGUCAACCAUGCUGGAAGACUCCGUUUCACCCAAAAAGUCCACUAUUCUGCAGCAGCAGUUCAACAAGAUGGGCAAGGUAAACAUGGACUCAGUUGCCCUGCCAGUCGUGAUACGGCCAGGAGGCGGAGGGCCGGAGAGCUUCCAGAUGGGCUCCAUGCCUCAGGCCAAACAGCACAUCACCAGUGGACAGAUGCACCGAGGACACAUGCCUCCACUGACGUCAGCACAACAAGCCCUGACUGGAACCAUCAACUCCAGUAUGCAGGCUGUCCAGGCGGCCCAGGCCUCUCUGGAUGACUUUGAUACCCUGCCCCCACUAGGAACAGAUUCUGCAUCGCAAGCUUGGCGCAAAAACAAGAUGGAUGAGUCCAAGCACGAGAUUCAUUCCCAGGUGGAUGCCAUCACAGCAGGCACAGCCUCCAUGGUCAAUCUCACAGCAGGUGAUCCAGCUGAGACAGACUACACAGCGGUGGGCUGUGCCGUCACCACAAUCUCCUCCAACCUGACCGAGAUGUCUAAAGGCGUGAAACUGCUAGCUGCGCUCAUGGAGGAUGAGGGAGCAAACGGACAACAGCUGCUGAGCGCAGCCAAGAACCUGGCGUGUGCCGUCUCUGACAUGCUGAAGACGGCUCAGCCCGCUAACACCGAGCCUCGUCAGAACUUGCUGCAGGCUGCAGGAAACGUGGGUCAGGCGAGUGGUGAGCUGCUUUCUCACAUCGGAGAGACGGACACCGACCCGCAGUUCCAGGAUAUGUUGAUGCAACUGGCAAAAGCUGUGGCUAACGCUGCAGCAGCUCUGGUGCUCAAAGCCAAGAACGUGGCCCAGAAGACCGAAGACUCCACCCAGCAGAACCGGGUCAUUGCUGCAGCUACACAGUGCGCUCUGUCCACGUCUCAGCUGGUAGCCUGCACCAGGGUGGUGGCUCCAACCAUCAGCUCCCCAGUUUGUCAGGAGCAGUUGAUAGAAGCAGGCAAGCUGGUGGCCAAGUCAGUGGAGGGGUGUGUGGAGUCAUCGCAGAGUGCCACCAACGACGAGGGCCUGCUGAAGCAGGUGGGCCAGGCCGCCUCGGGCGUCACUCAGGCGCUCAACGAGCUGCUUCAGCACAUCAAACAGUACGCCAGCGGAGGACAUCCCAUCGGACGCCACGGAGAAGCUACUGACCGCAUUCUGGACGUGACGGAGAACAUCUUUAGCUCGAUGGGAGACGCUGGUGAGAUGGUCCGUCAGGCUCGCAUCCUCGCCCAGGCCACAUCUGAUCUGGUCAACGCCAUCAAGAUGGACGCAGAGGGCGAAUCUGACCUGGAGAACUCCCGGAAACUUCUUUCUGCUGCCAAGCUGCUGGCCGAUGCCACUGCCAAGAUGGUGGAGGCUGCUAAGGGAGCAGCUGCAAACCCGGACAGCGAGGAGCAACAGCAGAGGCUGCGCGAGGCCGCUGAAGGCCUCCGCAUGGCCACCAACGCUGCCGCCCAGAACGCCAUCAAGAAACGGCUCAUCAACAAGCUGGAGAACGCAGCCAAACAAGCUGCAGCAGCUGCCACUCAGACUAUAGCUGCUGCCCAGAAUGCUGCUUCGUCCAACAAGAACCAGGCUGCCCAGCAGCAGCUCGUCCAGAGCUGCAAGGUGGUGGCAGACCAGAUCCCUCAGCUGGUUCAGGGAGUCCGAGGCAGCCAGUCUCAGCCGGACAGCCCCAGCGCUCAGCUCGCUCUCAUCGGCGCCAGUCAGAACUUCAUGCAGCCGGGUGCUAAGAUGGUUACUGCCUGCAAGGCCACGGUGCCCACCAUCACUGACCAGGCGUCAGCCAUGCAGCUCAGCCAGUGUGCUAAAAAUCUGGCCAGUGCCCUGGCAGAGCUCCGCACUGCUGCACAGAAGGCUCAAGAUGCUUGUGGUCAGCUGGAGAUAGACAACGCUCUAAACAUGGUCCGAGAUCUGGAGAAGGACAUCCAAGAGGCCAAGGCUUCUGCUCAAGAAGGAAAACUCAAACCUCUGCCAGGAGAGACGCUUGAGAAAUGUUCCCAGGAGCUCGGUACCAGCACCAAGGCCGUGACCUCAGGGAUCGCCCAGCUGCUGAGUGAGGCCACUCAGGGAGAUGAGAAUUACAUAGGUAUGUCCGCCAGAGAUAUUGCCCAGACUCUGAAGUCCCUGGCCUCAGCUGCCAGAGGAGUCGCCGCCACCACGAAUGACGUAGCGGCACGCAGCGCCGUGCUGGACUGUGCCGGUGACGUCAUGGACAAGUCGGCCAACCUGAUCGAAGAAACCAAGAGGGCCAUCGCAAAACCAGGAGAUGCAGAGAGUCAGCAGAGGCUGGCCCAGGUGGCCAAAGCGGUAUCUCAGGCUCUGAACAGAUGUGUGAACAGCCUUCCAGGUCAGAGGGACGUGGACAACGCCAUCCGCACCGUGGGCGAAGCCAGCAAGUCUCUCCUGGCUGAUUCAUUUCCAUCCAGUGGAAGGAGUUUCCAGGAGGUUCAGGCUCAGCUCAACCAGGUGGCAGCGGGUCUAAACCAAUCCGCCAACGAGGUGGUUCAAGCCUCCAGAGGGACCACUCAGGACCUGGCCAGGGCUACUAGCAAGUUUGGACAGGACUUCAACAACUUCCUGCAGGCUGGUGUCGACAUGGCUGGAACGUCCCAGUCUAAGGAGGAUCAGACACAGGUGGUGUCCAACCUUAAAACUAUCUCCAUGUCAUCAAGCAAGCUGAUGCUGGCAGCUAAAGCUCUCUCCACUGAUCCCAGUUCACCUAACCUGAAGAACCAGCUAGCAGCAGCUGCUCGGGCAGUGACAGACAGCAUCAACCAGCUCAUCACCAUGUGCACUCAGCAGGCCCCGGGUCAGAAGGAGUGCGACAACGCUCUCAGAGAGCUGGAGUCUGUGAAGGGGAUGCUGGAGAACCCGACAGAGGCAGUAAAUGAGCUGUCCUUCUUUGAGUGCAUCGACAGUGUCAUGGAGAACUCUAAGGUUCUUGGUGAGUCCAUGGCUGGCAUUUCACACAACGCUAAGAACUCUAACCUGCCUGAGUUUGGAGACUCGGUCAGUGCUGGAUCCAAAGCCCUGUGUGGUCUAACUGAAGCAGCUGCACAGGCUGCCUAUCUGGUGGGAGUAUCAGACCCCAACAGUUCAGCGGGUCAGAAGGGCCUAGUGGAUCCCACCCAGUUUGCUCGGGCUAAUCAGGCUAUUCAGAUGGCCUGCCAGAACCUGGUGGACCCAGCCUGCACCCAGUCCCAGGUGCUUUCUGCAGCUACCAUCGUAGCCAAACACACCUCUGCUCUGUGCAACGCCUGCCGCCUGGCCUCCUCCAAAACUCAGAACGCUGUAGCCAAGAGGCAGUUUGUUCAGUCAGCCAAGGAGGUGGCCAACACCACCGCCAACCUGGUCAAAUCCAUCAAGGCUUUAGACGGAGCCUUUAAUCAGGAGAACAGAGAGAAGUGCAGAGCUGCUACCGGUCCUCUGAUAGAAGCUGUGGACAACCUGACCGCCUUCGCCUCCAACCCAGAGUUUGCAAGCAUCCCCGCUCAGAUCAGUCCAGAGGGUCAUGCAGCCAUGGAGCCCAUUUUGGCAGCCGCACAGAUGAUGCUGGAGAGCUCCACCGGCCUGAUUCAGACCGCACGCUCUCUGGCUGUCAACCCCAAAGACCCCCCCAAGUGGUCAGUGCUGGCUGGACACUCUAGGACCGUGUCUGACUCCAUCAAGAAACUCAUCACCAACAUGAGAGAGAAAGCCCCUGGUCAGCGAGAAUGUGACAACGCUAUAGAAGUGUUGAAUGGCUGCAUCCGAGAAGUUGAUCAGGCCUCGCUUGCUGCCAUAAGUCAGCAGCUAACGCCCCGAGAGGACAUCUCAAUGGAGACUCUUCAUGAGCAAAUGGCCGCCUCUGUUCAUGAGAUCAGUCAUUUGAUUGAUCCUGUGGCUGUGGCUGCUCGAUCAGAAGCCUCCCAGCUGGGACACAAGGUGUCUCAGAUGGCGAGCUACUUUGAGCCCUUGAUCAUGGCGGCCAUCGGUACCGCAUCCAAGAUCCUCAGCAGCCAACAGCAGAUGGCUGUCUUAGACCAGACCAAGACCCUGGCAGAGUCAGCCCUGCAGAUGCUCUACACUGCCAAGGAGGCCGGAGGAAACCCCAAGGCAGCGCACAUGCAGGAUGCCCUGGAGGAGUCGGUGCAGAUGAUGAAAGAGGCCGUGGAUGAUCUGGGAGCCACGUUGGCCGAGGCGGCCAGUGCAGCAGGUGCUGUGGGUGGCAUGGUGGACUCCAUCAACGAUGCCAUCAAUAAAAUGGAAGAUGCACCUACACAUGAACCUGAAGGCACCUUUGUGGACUACCAGACUACCAUGGUGAAGACCGCCAAGGCCAUUGCAGUCACUGUGCAGGAGAUGGUGACAAAGUCGAACACCAACCCAGAUGACCUUGGAGGAUUGGCCAACCAACUGACUAAUAAUUUUGGAAAUCUUGCAGACGAGGCCAAAUUUGCAGCUCUUACAGCAGAGAAUGAUGAAAUUGGUUCUCACAUUAAGAAGCAGGUGGGAGAGUUGGGCUUCAGCUGCACAGGUUUGGUGACGAAGGCUGGAGCUCUGCAGUGCAGCCCCGAUGACUCUUUUACUAAAAAGGAACUGAUCGAAAGCGCCCGCAAAGUCUCAGAGAAGGUCUCCCAUGUUUUGGCAUCCCUCCAGGCUGGUAACCGUGGCACUCAGGCCUGCAUCACAGCAGCCAGCGCUGUGGCUGGAAUCAUCGCAGACCUGGACACCACCAUCAUGUUUGCCACUGCCGGUACUCUGAACCGAGAGAACGCUGAGACCUUUGCAGACCACAGGUAG